AUGGCAACCCGGGAGCUGGGACCCCAACUUUUGGCAACCCCCUAUGUUGAAAUUGGGGAAGUCUCCCUUGAGCAAAUCACAAGCCUCCUCCUUGGCCUCCUUGGCCAAGUCAAGCACCUCGAGCGGAAAGUGGAAGAAGUCCAAGAAGCAGGGGUUGAGGCCCGCACCAACCUUGAGAACAUCUCUCGAGCCGUCGAUACUGUCAAGGAUGGGCUUAGAAGCCUCCAACUCCACGGGCCCCGGACCCCAGAAGACACAAAACCCCCGGCUGUGGAAGCAACGCCACGCCCCUUAUCAAAAGCCGACCCUAUUGGAUUGGCUCCCCACCUUUGCCCAACCCACUCCUAUCCGAGCAGUGCCCCGCAAGUCCCAUCUCCCCCUCUAUCUCCGCGUCUCCAAUCCCCGAUUGGAGCACCUGCCCCUCCACCUCCGGCUCCAGCCGCCUAUCCUGCCCCGGUCAAAGUAGACCACCCAGAUGCCUAUACAGGCAAAAUUGGGAGUGAAGCCAAACAAUGGCUCACAAGGAUGUUGGCUUGGACCCGAUUGAACUCCCGCAUGUUUCCCACAGACCAAGAAGUCCUGUCCUUCCUCCUAAUGAAUAUGAGGGAUUCCGCGGGAGCAUGGGCGCACCCUCACCUCGACCAGCUUGGGUCACACCAAGCUAUCAUUCAAACGGUCGAGGGAUUCAAAUUGGAGUUUCUGGCAGCAUUCGGUGACCCUGACGCCACAAGGGCCGCCAAGCAGAAGAUUACUACUCUCACCCAGUCCGGCACAUGCGCGGACUACAUCACAAAGUUCAGAACCCUGGCAAUGGAACUGGACUGGAACGACGCGGCCCUUAGAGGCCAGUUUGCCCGCGGCCUCCACUGGGAGGUCAGCCGCCAAAUCGCAACCCGCAAGCACCGCCCCCGCACACUUCUUGAGCUGCAGAAUGCAGCACUUGUCAUCGACAACGCUCUCCGCAAAGAGCGAGCUAGCCACCCGCCAAGGGAUAAUAAGUCUAGCAAACCAUCCAACCCCGCAAGGGGGACGAGUACCGGCCAGGCCAUAACCGGUUUGAAGAAACUCUCCGACGACCCCAACUUUGUGUCGGAGGAAGAACGCAAUUGCCGUCGCGCCGCAGGCGCCUGCAUCAAGUGCGGCAAAAUGGGUCACAAGUUCGCGGAAUGCCGCACGGGCUGGAAGGCUACCCCUAUUGAGGAUAAGGGGAAAGCCAAGGAAACCGCCAAGAUUGGCAAAGACUCCAAGUACCAAUCGGGAAAAGAUAACAAUAGAAUCUCUCCUCUCUUCACUAUUUCAAUCCAGCCAGAGAAACAAGCGGACCCACUAGAAGUCCUGAUAGAUUCAGGCGCAACAUCAUUGUUCCUUCAUCCUCACACCGCAGAACUACUCCGCCUACCCCUAAUAGACCUCCCUCAACCCCGUACCGUAACUAUGCUUGAUGGGUCAAGCCCCCAGGCUGGAAAGAUUUGGAAAAAGGCCCACCUAACUUUCCUAUUUGAUGGUAAACAAAUGACGGAAACCUUCCUGAUUUGCAACACCGGAUCACACGCUGCCAUCCUAGGAAUCAAAUGGUUAGAAGCCCACAACCCCGAAAUUGAUUGGAACUCCCGUACCCUCUCUUUCCCCCACAUUCCACCAGAUCACGCUGCUAUUGCCAAGGAGGAGGAAGCUGAUAAAAAUUCCCUUGAAGGAGUACCCCCUGAAUACCAUCAGUACGCCAAGGUAUUUGGGGAAGAAGAAUUCAACAAGCUUCCCCCGCACAGGCAUUACAACAUUGCCAUCAAACUCACAGAGGAAGGCCCACUUAAUUCCCCGUUAUACAGCAUGACCAAUGCCAAGUCCGCCACACUCAAGGACUGGCUUAGGGACAAACUCAAGGCUGGAAAAAUCCGCCCCAGUAAAUCGUCAAUUAGCUCCCCAGUCAUGUUUGUUCCCAAAAAAGAUGGUUCCCGUCGCCUUGUAGUUGACUACCGUCGCCUCAAUAACCGGACUAAGAAAAAUGUGUACCCAUUACCCCGUCCAGAUGACCUCAUGGCCCAACUCCGCGGCGCCAAGGUAUUUACCAAACUGGACUUACGAUGGGGUUAUAACAAUGUCCGGGUCAAGGAAGGUGACAAGUGGAAGACGGCUUUCCGCACCAAGUACGGCCUAUACAAAUCCUUGGUAAUGACUUUUGGUUUAACAAACGCCCCCGCUGCCUUUCAACACUUCAUGAACGAAUUGUUCAAGGACCUACUGGAUGUAUGCGUCAUCAUAUACCUAGAUGACAUCCUGAUUUAUUCCAAGGAUGACGCAUCCCACACCCAACACGUCCAUGAAGUUUUACGGCGCUUAUUGGAAAACCAACUGUUCUGUAAGGCGUCCAAAUGCACGUUCCACGUCACUUCUGUGGAAUACCUGGGAAUCAUUGUUUCAGACAAGGGUUUUAGUCUGGAUAAACUCAAGAUCCAGGCAGUACAAGAAUGGCCGGUUCCCACAAAGGUCAAAGAAGUCCAAUUGUUCCUAGGCUUUGCAAAUUUUCUCCGCCGAUUUGUUGCAAACUUCAGCCACAUGGCUAGACCAUUGCACAAUCUGGUAAGAAAGGAUACGCCAUGGAAGUGGGAUACCAGGGAACAGGAAGCCUUCCAGGGCCUCAAGGACGCUAUCACCAACGCCCCAGUACUCUGUCACGCGGACCCUACCAAACCCUACUUCCUGGAAACGGACGCAUCAGGCGCAGCUUUGGGAUCAAUACUCAGUCAACGGCAAGAAGACGGAAGAUUACACCCAUUGGGGUUCCUGUUGGAAUCAUUCAAAGGGACAAAACACCCAGUCACGGUUUUCACGGAUCAUUGCAACCUGGAAUACUGGAAGGAAUCCAGAACCUUCAAUCAACGACAUGCACGAUGGCACCUACUCCUUGCCGGUUAUAACUUCCAGAUUGUCUAUUGCCCCGGGAAGCAGUCAGGGAAACCAGAUGCCCUCUCACGCCGCUCAGACCAUGCCGACAUCCCUCCUACAGCUCAAACCAUGCUCCCAGACCCCGUAUUCGCAAACAUUGCCCUGGUCACACCUGAAAAAGAGCUACAACGUCAGAUCGAAGCAUCUCUAGACCAAGAUGAGUCCUUGGAGGAAAUCCUCCAAUUCUUACAGAAUGAGUCCAAAGCACCUCCCUCCAUCAAACGCGCAUUCAAAGAUUACAAGAUGGAGGCUGGAUUACUAUUCUACCAAGGACAAAUUGUGGUCCCUGACGUUGGAACACUAAGGACGGACCUACUCCACAUCUUCCACAACAGCCCCUUGGCAGGACAUCCGGGAAGACAGCGUACCCUAGAAUUGGUGUCAAGGAAUUACUACUGGCCCGGUAUCCGUGCAGACACGUAUUGGCAUGUAGAUUCUUGUGAGACAUGUCAACGGAUCAGAAAGCCUAAGUACGCCUCUAUCCCACCUCAGCCGCUUGAACUUCCUGUUAGACCCUGGCAACACGUAUCAUACAAUAUGAUAGUAGAUCUGCCUAAGGACGGAAGCAACGACUCCAUCUUAGUCAUAGUGGACAGCUUCACAAAGUAUGGGAUCUUUGUCAAAUGUUCCAAAAAGCUCAAGGCCCCCAAACUAGCGGAGCUAUUCCUGGAACACGUGUGGAAACGUCACGGCAUGCCUGAAAAAACGGUCUCAGACAGGGGAAGGGUGUUCAACAAUAAGUUCCUGAAGGCACUAUACCAACGCCUAGGAAUUGACCCCCAUUUCUCCUCAGCGUACCACCCCCAAAGCGAUGGACAAACAGAACGAGUCAACCCUUCCAUUGAACACUUCCUAAGGGCCUACUCGGGGGUUAACCAGCGGGAUUGGACUAAGUGGCUGCCAAUGGCGGAAUUUGCUUACAACAACGCCGUGCACAGUAGUACUGGGAAAACCCCUUUCAAGGCCUUAUACAGAUGGGAACCCACCUUAACCCCAUCCAACGUACCCACAGAUGUCCCAGAAGCGGAUGAACUUGCCCAAGCAAUGGAAGCGCAAUGGAAGGAAGUAGAGUUGGCCCUCCGGCAGGCCAAGCAACGGAUGACAGCUGGAGAAAGCGGAAGCCCAACGGAAUUUGAAAUCGGAGAAGAAGCUUGGCUCGACGCCAAGAAUGUCAACCUCAAAACCUUAAGCCCCAAACUAACAGAACAACGCUUGGGCCCGUUUAAAGUUAUUGAGAAAAUCUCCGACCGCGCUUACCGGCUUGAACUACCCCCAACAAUGCGCAUCCACAACGUCUUCUAUGUAGGACUCCUAUCCAAGGUCAAAAGGGACAACAAAUGCACCUUUGAGAACCGCCCACCACCAGUCACCGUGGAUGGAGAAGAAGAAUACAAGGUGGAAGGGAUCACCGAUGCUGAAGAAAGGAACGGGAAAUGGUUCUUCCGGGUCAAAUGGAAGGGCUACGGGUCAGAAGAAAAUACGUGGGAGCCUUGA